ACGUGCUGAAUACACAUGCAAACAGACAGCCGUCAUCACACACCGGUUUUCUGACACACUUAACUUGACUCAAGAAUACGCGCACGAUUUGUUGGUUAAUAAAAUCAACACACAAACACACACGAAUGGAAUGAGAGAUCGCAUGUCUGGACAAUAAAACACAAAUCUUGUGGAAUAACAUUCUCUGGCCACCCUACUCUGUGUAUUGUUUGUGUCAUAACCACAAACGUAGCAGCUCAAGUGAACCAAGUGCGAAACGUGAAUCAGCGUGCACAACAACGGCUCUAACGAGAUAUUGAGACAAACAAAAACAGUGUUUGCUUAUCGUUGUACAAACUGCUGAAUACAGAGCAUUGCUCACAUGGUGGUUCAUUUGACCGCUUCAACUGACACUUAACCUCUUGAUAAUCCUUGUUAUCAUCGUGAACGACGCACAAAAUAACUUGAUAAUUAAAAAAUCUCAACCACUUGUUGUUUCCAAUCAUUGAAAUUAGUUCAGUUUGCUUUUGAGCAGUAUUCGACAAAUAGCUUUUUAUUGAACAUUAGUGGAAUUUUUAAGUGUCCAUUCAAUCAAACAUGGCAUCUACAAAGAAAUUUGCAUUGUUGAGUGUUUCGGAUAAGACCGAUGUUUUGGAUUUGGCCAGACAAUUGCAAAACCUUGGCUUCAGUUUGGUCGGAAGUGGUGGUACGGCAAAGACCAUUCGCGAUGCUGGAUUGAAGAUUCAAGAUGUUUCGGACAUUACAAAUGCCCCGGAAAUGCUUGGUGGUCGUGUGAAAACUUUGCACCCGGCUGUUCAUGGUGGUAUUCUGGCCCGUGUUACUGCAUCAGAUGAAGCCGAUUUGAAACGUCAAGGCUACGAUUACAUUCAAGUUGUCGUUUGCAAUUUGUACCCAUUCGUUGAUACUGUAUCGAAGCCGAACGUUACUGUUGCUGACGCCGUUGAAAAUAUUGACAUCGGUGGUGUUACAUUGCUUCGUGCAGCAGCUAAGAAUCAUGCACGUGUCACUGUUUUGUGCGAUCCAAGUGAUUACAGCAAAGCCCUUCAGGAGAUCAAACAGAGCGGAGACACAACUGAAAAAACCCGUCAAAAAUUGGCAUUGAAAGCGUUCACACACACAGCCCAAUACGAUGACGCAAUCUCUGACUACUUCCGUAAAACAUACUCACCAACCGAUUCGCAAUUGACUUUGCGUUACGGCAUGAACCCACAUCAAAAGCCAGCCCAAUUGUUCACCACAUUGGAGAAGCUUCCAUUGCGUGUUGUCAACGGAUCACCUGGUUUCAUCAAUCUUUGUGACGGUUUGAAUGCAUGGCAAUUGGUGCGCGAACUUAGCAGCGCAUUGGACCUACCAGCCGCUACAAGCUUUAAACAUGUCUCACCAGCUGGGGCUGCUGUUGCUGUGCCACUGAGUCGUGACGAAGCCAAAUUGUGCCAAGUCGACGAUAUGUACGAUCAACUCACACCAUUGGCUACUGCCUAUGCUCGUGCUCGAGGUGCCGAUCGUAUGUCAUCAUUCGGGGACUUUAUCGCCAUUUCAGAAAAAUGCGAUGUUGCUACUGCCAAGAUCAUAUCACGUGAAGUAUCAGACGGUAUUAUCGCUCCUGGUUACUCUAACGAAGCCUUAGCACUCUUGAAAAAGAAGAAGAAUGGCGCAUACUGUGUGUUGCAGAUCGAUCCAUCAUAUGAGCCAAGUCCAAUUGAACGCAAAACAUUGUUCGGUUUGACUCUAGAACAAAAAAGAAACGAUGCUCUCAUUGAUAGCGCAGUAUUUACUAACAUUGUGAGCAGACACAAAUCGCUGCCACUUACUGCUGUUCGUGAUUUAAUCGUUGCGACCAUUGCCUUGAAAUACACUCAGAGCAACUCUGUGUGCUAUGCGCGCGAUGGUCAAGUAAUUGGAAUCGGUGCAGGUCAACAGUCGCGUAUUCAUUGUACACGCUUAGCGGGAGAUAAGGCAGAUAAUUGGUGGUUGCGACACCACCCAAGAGUUUUGAACCUUAAAUUCAAAGCAGGAGUCAAGCGUGCUGAUAUCUCGAACGCUAUUGAUAAUUAUGUGUUGGGAACGGUUGGAAAGGAUUUGCCAUUGGCACAAUUUGAGUCGCUGUUCGAUGAAGUGCCCUCAUUCUUAACUGAUGCCGAACGCAAGGAAUGGGCCUCAAAAUUGUCCGGAGUUGCAUUGGGAUCCGAUGCCUUCUUUCCAUUCAGAGAUAACAUCGAUCGCGCAAAAUUGAGCGGUGUUAGCUACAUCGGCAGCCCGUCAGGUUCAACAAACGAUGCCGGCGUCAUCGAAGCCUGCAAUCAACUCGGAAUCAUUUUGGCUCACACCAACUUGAGAUUGUUCCAUCAUUAAUUCAUUAAAAAGACACACAACGAUUGCUUUGUGACAAAUAUUCACUGUUUUUAUUCCAUUUCAAAUGGGAAUGCUUUCAAAAAUCGUAGAUAAUAAAUGAUUUUUUUUUUGCUUAUA